AAAAGAAGAAGAAGAAGAAAGAAGGUAGAGCUGAGAAAGAGCGACAGGCGGAGAAGAACAAGAACAAGACAGAGAAAAAAGAAAGUGGAAAAGAAAAGGGAGAGAGAGAGAGAGAGAUGCAGCAGCACAGCCAAACGUCCUAGGUUCUCUCAUUUCUCACAUUUCUAUGCUCAAUCAUAUCACAUCGAUAUAUAUACACCUACGUGUAUCUAAAUUCGAAGGCCUCAACUUCACUGAAUUCCUCAAUUUUGUCUUCUUCUCCCUUUUCACAUCCCCAAUCAUUCUCAUCAUUCAAAACCCUAAACAACGUGGUCUGUGUUCUUCUUUACCCUCUCUCCGAUCAUCAAUUGCCCUUCCACAGAGGGCAAUUUCGCCAGAUCUGACUCUGUUCCACAUCAAUUUGAAAAUAUAGGAAGGUAAAUUCAUGGAUGAUUUUGGUAUGUUGGCCAGAGAUUUUGGGUUCAGACCCCAAGGCAAAUCGGUUCCCAUGGCUCCAUCAAAAUCCAACGUCGGCGGCGGAUCGGACGGCGUAGAUCGCCGGACUCAAUCGUCGUCUCCAUUCAACGAUGUGUUCGGUGGACCUCCGAAAUAUUCGAGUGCCAACAACGCUAAAUCGGCUUCGUCGUUGUCAGAUUUCGAUUACGGUUCGAUCUUCAAGAGCUCUUCGACCUCCGCGAAUGAUUUGAAGAACAGGUCGUCUUCGCCGGUGUACGAUAAGCCUGUUUAUGAUGAAGACAUUUUCGAUGGCUUGCCUGGGGUUAAGAGUAAAUCGAUGUCUGCUAAAGUUAGGUUUGAUGAUCAUGUGUUCACGAGCACUUCUUCGCCUCCGUAUCAGAAUCAGAAUCAGAAUCAGAAUCAGAGUGCUGCAUUUGACGAUCUUCUUGGGAAUUUAGGGCGGACUGAUAAGCCGGAACCGAAGAACAGUAAGAGCUCGAGAGGUUUUGACGAUCUGAUGUCUGCUUUUGGUGAUGGCAGUCAUAGCAUUAGCAGCAGGCCAAAAUCAGAGUAUAGUCGGCCGCAAAAAACAAGUGUUAAUUCAACCAAACCAACUUCUGAUGUGAUGGAAGACCCCUUUGUUGUUUUAGAAUCAACUUCAACCCCUGAAACUUCAUCCCCGGGGAUGUUCACUGAUCCACUUGAAGAGAUUGGUAAACUCGGUAACUCUGGAAACACAAAAGUUAGUGGUUCAUCAGUUAGUGGGGCAGUAUUUGAUGAUAUAGAUCCCCUUGAUGGUUUUGGCAAAUCUGCUCCUGCUUUUUCAUCUGAGAUAAAUAACAAGGUGAAGGAUGGGAGCCCUUCAAGGUCAGGAUCAAGCAUGGGUAGAGCACAAACAUCUGCUGCUACUGAACCAAUGGGAAGAUCUUCUUUCAGGAAUUCUGAGAGUCACUCAAAGAAGAUGACUACUGACAAUUUUCAGGAACCUCAUCAAACUUUUUUUGACAUGCCAAGUUUUCCAACAGAUUCUCACAAGUCCGUCGGUCGAACUACUUCCCCGUCUUAUGUAAAUGCUAAUUCUGGUGAGAUAAAUUCCCAGGUAGAUGUUUCUCCAGGAUCAGAGAAACAUGCGGAACCAUCUGAUGAUGUAUGGCUCACUGUAUCAGAGAUUCCUCUUUCUACACAACCCACAAGUGCUCCACCACCUUCAAGACCCCCUCCGCCAAUACCAGCGAGGGCUUCAAAGUCGGAAGCAGGUUUUUUCACUUCAAAUGCAAGAAAGAAGGGUAAUGGGGUUUACUCUUCCCCAACUUCCACUCAAUACUCUCAAAGUCCUAAGCUAAGUCGUCCACCUGUGAAGAUCACAACGGUGUCUCAAAUAGAUGAACUUGAGGAUUUUGCUAUGGGUAGGACCAAAAAUAAUGUUCACGAGUAUACUGAUAUUCAUUCUGGUGAAGAUGUGAACACAAACUCCUCUGCUGCUGCUGCAUCUGCAGCUGCCAUGAAGGAAGCAAUGGAUAGGGCUGAGGCUAAAUUUAGGCAUGCAAAGGAAGUAAGGGGAAGAGAGCAUGCAAAGACUGCUAGAAGUAAAGAAGCUGUGCAACUGGAAAAUGACGAACAGUCUAUGCAAGAUGAUCAGGAGAAGGAAUACCAGGAAAACCAGGAGAGACUAGAUCGUGAACGGCGACAAAGGGAGGAGGAAGAGAGAGAGCGGAGGAGACUUGAGAGGGAGAGGGAGAGAGCAAGGGAGAAUGAAAGGGAAAGGGAAAGGGCCAGACAAGCUGUGGAAAGAGCAACUAGGGAAGCACGUGAAAGAGCAGCUGCUGAGGCACGUGAAAGAGCAGCUGCUGAAUUACGCCUAAAAGCUGAAAGGUUUGCUGUUCAGAAAGCACAAGCUGAAGCCCGUGAAAGGGCAGCAGCGGAGGCAAGAGAAAGAGCAGAAAAGGCUGCUGCAGAAGCUAGGGAAAGGGCGAAUUCAGAAGCAAGGGAGAAAGCUGCUACUGCUAGUAAAACUGACGCUGAAGCACGAUGUAGAGCAGAACGGGCUGCUGUAGAAAGGGCUGCUGCAGAGGCUCGUGAAAGGGCCGCUGCUGAAGCUCGGGAAAGGGCUGCUGCUGCAAGGAUGAACCAACAAAAGAAUGAUAAUGAUCUUGAAUCCUUUUUCAGCAUGGGUUCUCGACCAAGCAGUGCACCAAGGCCAAGGGCAAAUACUUCUGACUCUGUGUUGGAUCCCCAAGUCCAGAGUAAGGGAGGACCUGAAGGGACAAGAAGGACAUCUGUUAGUACCUCCUCCAACAUGAGGAAAGCAUCUUCGACUACUAAUAUUGUUGAUGAUCUCACAUCAAUUUUUGGAGCUGUUCCAUCCUCUGGAGCAUUCCAGGAAGUUGAAGGAGAAACUGAAGAAAGAAGAAGAGCUAGAUUGGAACGCCACCAAAGGACCCAGGAGCGUGCGGCUAAAGCACUGGCUGAAAAAAAUCAGCGGGACGUUCAAACUCUGAGGGAACAAGAAGAAAGACAUAGGAUUGCCGAAACAUUAGAUGUUGAGAUCAAACGUUGGGCUGCAGGGAAGCUAAGGGUAAGAAAUUUGCGUGCACUGCUAUCAACAAUGCAAUACGUGCUAUGGCCUGAAUGCGGUUGGCAGCCUGUUUCUUUGACUGAUUUGAUUACUGGUGCCUCAGUCAAAAAAGUUUAUAGGAAGGCAACUCUGUGCAUCCAUCCUGAUAAGGUGCAACAAAAAGGUGCCACUCUUCAACAAAAAUAUGUUGCUGAGAAGGUGUUUGACCUUCUUAAGGAGGCUUGGAACAAGUUUAAUUCAGAGGAGCUCUUUUGAAUUCUGUCAUGAUUCUUUUGAUAUCUUGGCUACUGCAUUACCAUUUGAUGAGAGAGAAAUUUCACUACAGUUCCAGUGGACAUUUUGCUUCUUUGCUGCUACCAUGCAUAGGUUUCGCAUUAUGUGGGUUGAUACUGGAGACUUCCAUCGGUGCCGAGAUGCCUGAAAUGUAAGAGUCUGGUCCAGUCCUGCUGCUGUAAAUUGGUACCGGUGUAGAGUAGCAUUAUUGCCCAUUGCCCUACACAUCUAUGUCAAAUUUAAUCACCCAUCUCAUCUGCAGGAUAUAAUUUUUUGUCCGUCCAUGAUUCUUUUUUUUCUUUUUUUUUUUUCCCUUUCAUUUUCUUUUGUUUGUGGUGGGGCUUGAUCUGUUGGACGAAUACCAAUAUGUUUAUUGAUGUCAGACCCUUGAAAUGAGCUGUGUUGAGUUGAGAACUUUAUAGGGUGGGCUUGUCAUAUAUACACGUAUGUAUUCUAGAUUUCAAGUUUUGGCCUUAAUUGCCAAUCAAAUCAAUUUAUAUGUUUCUCUUGGCUUC